CAUGCCAAUUAAGUGAUUAACUCUCUCACUACCCUUGAGUUCACCUUUUUCUUCCUUCUUAUUCACUUGUCCUGUCCCAUGUUGUUGCAAUGCAAACCACACUAACACAUGCAAGUUUCUUCUCACUUAACACACUUACCUCUCUCAUUUUCUUUCUUUCUCUUCUUACACUAUGAAUACUGAUACAGUAUAAUAGUUUGACUGUGAGUGAGUGAUACUUAGUUUAACCAACUACACUGCUCAAUUCUUGGCUUUUGAAUGGGUUUAUCUUCUCUUCACGUCUGCAAUAUGGAUUCAUCUGCAGAUCACUGGUUGCAGGGCACAAUUCACGAUGAGUCAGGAAUGGAUUCAUCUUCACCAUUAUCUGGUGACAUGCUAACAUGUUCAAGACCAUCCUCCAUGAUAGAUCAAAGGAGGCUAAGACCACCACAUGACCUUUCUCUAAAAUGUCCAAGAUGUGAUUCAACUCACACCAAAUUCUGCUACUACAACAACUACAGUCUCUCUCAGCCUAGGUACUUCUGCAAGACUUGUAGAAGGUAUUGGACCAAAGGAGGAACCCUAAGAAACAUUCCUGUUGGUGGAGGUUGUAGAAAAAACAAGAAAGUUUCUUCCAAAAAACCUAAUGAUAAUAUUCAAAAUCAUAUUCAAAACCAACCUCAACAAGGGUCUUCUUAUUCAUACCAUCAUCAUAAUCACAACAACAACAACCCUAAGGAUCUUCAUCUUUCUUUCCCUGAUGUGCAAUUCUCUCACCUUAGUAACUUACUAGGGAGUAGUACUUCUGGUGCAUUAGGAAACCCUAAUUUCAAUGCUUGCAUGCUUGAGAAUCCUAGGCCUAUUGAUUUCAUGAUGGAGAGUAAACUAGAAGGCAUAAUUGGAAGUAGCUCUAGGAAUUUUGAUAACUUUUUUGGAAACAAUGAUCACAUGAGUAUGAACAUGGGUGUUGGAGACAUGAUGAAUGGUCAAAACCAAAAUGUGCUUCAAUUGCAACAGAAUUUUCACUCUUCAUUUGGUGGCAUGUCAUCAUCAUUUGAUGGAAACAAUAACAAUGGAGGUUAUUUAAUGGAUUCUUGUCAAAGACUCAUGCUUCCAUAUGAUGCUCAUGAUGAGGAUCAUAAUGGUUCAAUUGAUGUGAAGCCAAACCCUAAACUACUAUCUCUUGAAUGGCAACAAGAUCAAGGUUGCUCUGAUGCUGGAUAUGGAUCAUGGAGUGGCAUGAUGAAUGGUUAUGGAUCUUCCACAACAAACCCUUUGAUCAACGGCUGAGAUUUCUCUUGUGUUUAUUUUCUUCUAGUUGGUGAUGGAUGGAGUGUGAAUGAGAAGGUGGAGAGUCCAAAUCUACUGCAUUGGUGUGUGGCUUUUGGAUUAUAUAAAUAUGCAUGUGUGUCUUAGUGUGCGACACGUAAUGGAAGAUUAUGGAAGAUUUAGGAUUUAUGUUUGAUGUAACAUCGAGGAAGAUAUGGUAGUUCUUGUAUCCUAGUUAAAGAUGAUAUGUUGUAGUACUGUUAUAUUAUUAUUAUUUCUUUAUGAAAAUCUUGGGCUAUUAUUUAUA